AUGGCGAGUGAUCCUGACCGGGACUUCAACUCAGGACUUACCGCUUCUAAGUUCAACGCCCUACCGACAACAGGCUACAUCGACAGAACGAGCGACGUGCAGACGGCUGCUUUGGUACUGCUGUUCACCGGUUGCGUGAACUCUUCAAAUGAAGAGCGAGACAUUGCCUAUCGAAUUGUCGACUCGUAUUAUUCGCUGCUCAAUUCAUGGCGUUUGUGGCAUACGCGGGCUCGACUAGAAAACAUAGCUAGAAAAAAUGGUCUUUCAAAUUCGUCUGUGAAGAAUGCCGAAUUCUUGCCACAGAUAUAUUUAACAUGUAGCUUUUGUGGCAAACCCGCGUGCGGUCCUCCAGAUAGACAGCGUCAGAAGCAGAAGUUAGGCAGUUGUUUAAACUGUAAAAAGCCUCUCCCUCGAUGUACUCUAUGCGGACUUCAUCUCGGGACACAGCUUGUAUCUUGCUACGACGCGUCAGGAAAAUCUAACAAAUUUGGCUCUUGGUUCGCGUGGUGUCAGGCGUGUCGUCACGGUGGCCAUACCGAACAUUUAGCCACUUGGUUUGAGGUACUUCAUACGUAUUUUUGGACUGUUCUUGAUCAAUGUAUUUUGUAAUU